UUGAAAGGUAAAAUUUAGACCGAAAAAACAAUCAUAUAUCAUUCAGGAGCAACACAGAGACUAUAAAAGCAAGAGUUUGAAGCUAAGGAUCACCAACAAUGGCAGAGGUAAAGAUUAUUGGAUCAGCUUCAAGCCUCUUCUGCAUAAGGGUUGAAUGGACCUUGAAGCUCAAAGGAAUUGAGUACGAGUACAUAGCGGAAGACUUGAGAAACAAAAGCGAGCUGCUUCUCAAGUCCAAUCCUGUGCUCAAGAAAAUCCCUGUGCUCUUGCACAACAGCAAAGCCAUCUCCGAGUCGCUUCUCAUUCUCGAGUACAUCGAUGAGACGUGGAAGGAGAACCCGAUCUUGCCUGAAGGGCCAUAUGAAAGAGCCACAGCUCGCUUCUGGGCCAAGUUUAUAGAUGAGAAGUGUCUGUUUGGUACCUGGGAAGCUUGCCGGGCUGAAGGAGAAGAGAAGGAGAAGGCUGUAGAGGCUGCAAUACAAAAUUUGGCAUUGCUUGACAUAGAAAUCGAAGGAAAAAGAUUCUUUGGAGGAGAGAAAAUCAAUUACCUGGAUCUAGCUGCAGGUUGGAUGUGCCACUGGCUCGAUGUUCUUGAUGAAGUUGGAGAAAUGAAGGUGUUUGACAAAGAGAGAGUCCCAUCCCUUCAUGAAUGGGCUCAAAACUUCAUCCACACUCCAGUUAUCAAAGAAUCCCUCCCACCCAGAGAAAAUCUUGUCAACAACUUCAAGGGCAGUCUGAGCUACGCCCGGUCGUUAGCUGCGAAUAAGUAAUAGAUGCCUCAUCCUACAAUUAUAUUUCAUUUCAAAAAGUCUUUUGUCUAAAAAAAAAAUAUAUAUAUAUAUAUACACACACACAUAUAUAAAACUUGUCAGAGUGAAACAAGUCCAUAGGAAAAAAAUCAUCAGAGGUGUUUGUGUUUGAAUAUUUACUGCUUAGUGCUUGAUAGCCUGGAGUGAAGUGAAGUGCAUCUGUUUUGCUAUUCAAGUC